UACAUAUGUGUUUUCAGGUAACAAUGCAGUUCCUGGGCAAGCUGUUGGACACAGUCUCCUCUGUGUCAACCCUCUUCACCAACCCUUACCGGGUCAGAGAUGUGCCGCUGUCUGACUAUGGAGGAGGAGGCAAAGUUCUGCUGAAAGAAGAGGGACGCAUGGUCCUGUACAAAAAUACCCAGUGCCAGUCAUGGGACUGUCUGCUUAUGUCCCCCGAGACGCCGACUGUGGUUCUGAGGCUGUUUCAGGUGGUGUCAGAGGAAGAUGCCAUGAACUGGUUCCCUCAGUAUGCGCUCAAACUCCGACCCUUCUAUGAGACACUUUCUCUGAAGGCAGAGACUGCACAGCCAAUCGUGGACUGCAUCCGCAACCACCCAGACUGGAGCUCCGCCCACAUUGCUGUAGAAACAGGCCUCAGAGAGUGUCUCAAACAUAACUAUGUCCAGAGUCAGAUCAAUUCUCGGGAUGCAUCAGGCCAGACGCCGCUGCAUCUGGCAUGUGAGCGAGGUGACUUGCCGUGUGUGAAGGAGCUGUUGGAGGAAAGUCAGGCUCGCACCGACAUUAAAGACCGCAACGGAGAGACGCCCAUGCACAGCGCCUCCAAGCAGGAUUCUCCUGUCAUCAUCCAGGUGCUGUGCUCGCGGUUGUGCUCGGGGGUGAAUGAGCUGAACAACAACGGGGAGACGCCACUCCAUGUGGCCUGCCGUUUGGGCCGUGUGGAGUCAGUCAAGGCCCUGCUGGGGGGUGGGGCCAAGUGUGAUGUCAUCGGCGGGACGGGCUACCCCGUCCACAUGGCCAUGAAAUACAGCGAGAAGGGCUGUGUGGAAGAGAUCCUCAAAGCAGAUCCAGGCCAGCUCCAUGCUGAGGACACUUUGUAUGGAGGGACGCCUCUCCACUGGUCCAAAACCGCUGAGAUGUGUCGUUUGCUGCUGGAGCAUGGCUGUGCAGUGAACUACCUCAGUAAGACUGGAGAGAGCGCCCUCCACAUUUUGACCAAGAGGGGCCGCUUUGAGGCGGCCAUGGUGCUGCUCACUCACGGGGCAAAUGCCAACCUGAAGGGUCAGGAUGGGAACACAGCCCUCCACUUAGCUAUGAAGAUGGACCACAUAGAGUUGAUCAAAGCUCUGAUUGUGUUUGGAGCUGAUGUGGAGAUCCACAAUGACCUGGGAGAAACACCUGGACUCAUCGCUGCCCGCACCAGCAAAGGUCCUAAUAGAAAGAUACUACUGGACAUGCUGUGUAGUGUAGGAGUGCAGCGUUGCCUCCCUCCCUCCCCUGGCAGUCCUCCUCCCAUCUACAACAAGGCCAAGUCUGAAGGCAUAGGGUUUGAGGACAUCAUGUAUGUGGGGGCAGCAAUGAGUGCAAUGAGCAAAGGCUUAUCUGAAGUGGAUGGCCACAAAAAGGAAAAAAAGAAAAUGGACCGACUGCUAUGUCUAGACGGUGGAGGUAUUAAAGGCCUGGUGCUGAUCCAGAUGUUAAUCGCUCUGGAGAGAGAGGCAGGUAGACCCACCAGAGAGCUCUUCGACUGGGUUGCUGGAACCAGCACUGGGGGCAUCCUGGCCCUCGCUAUAAUCCACGGGAAGUCCAUGGAGUACUUGCGCUGCCUGUACUUUAGGAUGAAGGAACAGGUGUUCAAAGGGUCAAGACCUUAUGAAUCAGCACCGCUGGAGGACUUUUUGAAGAAAGAAUUUGGAGAGAACACCAAAAUGACAGAUGUCCAAUUCCCCAGGGUGAUGGUCACCAGUGUUUUGGCAGACAGACAUCCUGGAGAGCUGCACAUCUUCAGGAACUACGACCCUCCAUCCGUCCACAGAGAGCCUCCGUAUGCCACCACUGCCACAUUCAAGCCUCUCACCACCCCACAAGAACAACUUGUGUGGAGAGCUGCCCGCUCCAGCGGUGCUGCUCCUACCUAUUUCCGACCAAUGGGCCGCUUUCUGGAUGGAGGGCUGCUGGCCAAUAACCCGACACUCGACGCCAUGUCAGAAAUCCAUCAGUACAACAAGUCCUUGAAAGCAGAGGGUCCUGAGGAGAACAUUAAGAAGUUGGGCACAGUGGUGUCCCUUGGUACAGGUAAACCUCCUCAGGUGGUGGUGAGCUCUGUGGAUGUUUUCCGGCCCUCCAACCCACUGGAGCUGGCCAAGAGUUUUGUAGGAGCUAAGGAACUGGGCAAAAUGCUGGUGGACUGCUGUACAGACUCUGAUGGCUGUGCAGUGGACAGGGCCAGAGCCUGGUGUGAAAUGAUCGACACCAUCUACCACAGACUGAGUCCCCAGCUUUCUCAGGAGGUGAUGCUAGAUGAGGUGAGUGAUGCCGUCCUGGUGGACAUGCUGUGGGAAACCCAGAUGUACUUGUAUGAGAAGAGGGAUAUCCUCCAGUCUCUGGCAAAAUUACUACUAGACAACUGAAAGCACAAAAAUACCACGAAGAGGCUGUGAAGAGUCAGGAGUGGUUGGACAAGACACAAAGAUUGGAGUACUAAUGUCUGCGCUUGUGUAACCUCUCUAUUAAAACACACUGACUGAGUCAGCGUGGCCACAAUAAUAAUAAUAAUAAUAAAUUUGAUGACCUCCAUAUUUACUCUGACGUGUGCCCACACAGUAGCAAACAUCUCAGAUCCUGGAAACCAACACAAGAAACAACUGACUCAUUUUAACGUCUUGAAAGGCAAGUUAUGUAGCAUCGUGUGACCUUAUAACUGAUUUUUUUCAAGUUUACUGUUUGUAUAUAAAACCAAUGAAGGAGAGAUAGUGGAGUCUUCCCCUAUUUGGUCUGUGAAUACAGAGGAAGUAUAGAAGGAAGUGGUAAGAACUGAAUCCAACUAGAAACUGACUGAUGUGUUCAGCUAACUGUCAUCCUCCCCCUGUCUGCACUAUUGGGAAACAAAAACACUCAUUUCUUCUUCACUUGUUCCUCUUUUCACUGAAACAGCUAAAACAACAUACAAGAUAAUUGCAUUUUCCCAAAAACCACAUGAUAAAUGGGAUCCUGCCAUAAAACCUGCAUUAAACUGUAGCGCAGCGUCACUGAUGGUGGUGAUGAACCAGUUCUGCCUUAUGUCUCUGAGACCCAUGUUUUUACCAUUUCUUUCUCCUUCCCACAACACGGUUUACAUUAAUGCCUUACCGACUUUAACCACAAUGUUCAGCCUCACACCUGUUGCUAACUUUGUUUCUCAUCGUACAUUGUUAAACCUGUCAGUCUGCUGUACAAGUGUUUUGAGUGCAUAUUUACCGUGUAACUGGGGUGGAACAUAGACUUGAAUUACAUACUUACUUGAAGGACACAGGAAGAGAAGACCUGCUGCUAUUUCCACAAAAUAAACAGGAGGCAGCAAAGUAUUUUCUAUGUUUUUGUAUCUGGAUUAACCAUUGAAGUGUAUACUAGGAUGGUAAUUAAAUCUGUUAAUGUUGA